CCCGCGCGCCGCGCUGCGCCCGGGCGCUCGGACGGCGGACAUGGCGCGGGAGUUGCGGGCGCUGCUGCCGUGGGGCCGCCACCUGCGGGGCCUGCUGCGGGCGCCCGCGGGCGCCGCGGGAGGAAAUCCGGCGCUUCGGCUCCGGCAGGCCACGGUGCAGUGUGGGGGCUGCAGGCUGACCCUGGCCUCGAGCUUCCAGGUGGGCCGGACGUUCAGCUCGCAGGCGGCAGAGGACCGGAAGGAGGAGCCCCUGCACUCCAUCAUCAGCAGCACCGAGAGCGUGCAGGGGUCCAUUUCUAAGCACGAGUUCCAGGCUGAGACGAAGAAGCUUCUGGACAUCGUAGCCCGGUCUCUGUACUCGGAGAAAGAGGUGUUCAUUCGGGAGCUGGUCUCCAAUGCCAGCGACGCCUUGGAGAAGCUGCGGCACCAGCUGGUGUCCGCAGGCCAGACGCUGCCGGAAAUGGAGAUUCAUCUCCAGACCGAUUCUGAGAAGGGCACCAUCACCAUCCAGGACACCGGCAUCGGGAUGACCCAGGAGGAGUUGGUGUCCAACCUGGGAACCAUCGCCCGGUCAGGGUCAAAGGCCUUUCUGGACGCGCUGCAGAACCAGGCGGAGGCCAGCAGCAAGAUCAUCGGCCAGUUCGGCGUGGGCUUCUAUUCGGCCUUCAUGGUGGCCGACAGUGUCGAGGUGUACACCCGCUCGGCGGCACCCAGCAGCCCUGGCUACCGCUGGCUCUCGGACGGCUCUGGGGUAUUUGAGAUCUCGGAAGCCUCCGGCGUUCGACCUGGGACCAAAAUCAUCAUCCACCUCAAGGCCGACAACAGGGAGUUCGCCAGCGAGGCCCGAGUUCGAGACGUGGUGACCAAGUACAGUAACUUUGUCAGCUUCCCCCUGUACCUCAACGGGAGGCGUCUUAAUACCUUGCAGGCCGUCUGGAUGAUGGACCCCAAGGACGUGGGUGAGGGCCAACACGAGGAGUUCUACCGCUACAUCGCGCAGGCGCAUGACAAGCCCCGCUACACCCUUCACUACCGGACGGAUGCGCCGCUCGGCCUCCGCUGCAUCUUCUACGUGCCCGAAGAGAAACCGUCCAUGUUCGAUGUGAGCCGGGAGCUGGGCUCCAGCAUCUCCCUCUACAGCCGCAAAGUCCUCAUCCAGACCAAGGCCACGGACGUGCUGCCCAAGUGGCUGCGCUUCAUUCGCGGUGUGGUGGAUAGUGAGGACAUCCCUCUGAACCUGAGCCGAGAGCUGCUGCAGGAGAGCGCACUCAUCAGGAAAAUCCGGGACGUUCUGCAGCAGAGGCUUAUCAAGUUCUUUGUUGACCAGAGUAAAAAAGACCCUGAGAAAUAUGCCAAGUUCUUUGAGGAUUACGGCCUGUUCAUGAGGGAGGGCAUCGUGACCACGGCUGAGCAGGAGGUGAAGGAGGACAUUGCCAGGCUACUGCGGUAUGAGUCCUCAGCCCUGCCUGCGGGGGAGCUGACCAGCCUGCAGGACUACGCUGGCCGCAUGCAGCCCGGCACCCGCAGCAUCUACUACCUGUGCGCCCCCACACGGCACCUGGCCGAGCACUCGCCCUAUUACGAGGCCAUGAAACAGAAGAACACUGAGGUCCUUUUCUGCUACGAGCAGUUUGAUGAGCUGACCCUACUGCACCUCCGUGAGUUUGACAAGAAGAAGCUCAUCUCUGUCGAGACAGACAUCGUGGUCGAUCACUUCAAAGAGGAGAAAUUAGAGGAUGGCUCCGCAGCUGGUGACCGUCUGUCAGAGAAGGACGCAGAGGACCUGAUGGCCUGGAUGAGGAAUGUACUGGGGCAGCGUGUCACCAGUGUGAAGGUGACUCUUCGCUUGGACACGCACCCUGCAAUGAUCACCGUGCUGGAGAUGGGGGCCGCCCGACACUUCCUGCGCAUGCAGCAGCUGGCCAAGACGCAAGAGGAGCGCGCCCAGCUCCUGCAGCCCACCCUGGAGAUCAAUCCCAGGCACACGCUCAUCAAGAAGCUCAGUCAGCUGAAAGCGAGCGACCCUGAGCUGGCCCAGCUGCUCGUGGAGCAGAUCUAUGAGAAUGCCAUGAUUGCCGCCGGCCUUGUGGAUGACCCCAGACCCAUGGUGGGCCGCCUGAACCACCUGCUUGUCAAGGUCCUGGAGGGGAGGUGACCGACACCUGUGGGGGAAAGACCACUGACAUCUGUGCUGUGAUAUCCCUUUCAAGCUUUAUUAAAGGUAUCUUGUUGCCUUAC